AUGGCUCGUUUUUAUGCUUCCACCCCAAGAAGUACUGCAAAAACAAACCGAUCUAUUGACGAGUCGUUAAUAGAUAAUGAUGAUGAUGACUCGUCGUUCCAGGAUGCUGUGACAAUAAGGGUUGUCGACGCUCUGGCAAGAUUUGGUGAAAGGGUUAAAGAGAAAUUCGACGCGCAGAGGCAGAGGCUGAGAGAGGUGGAAGUAAGAAUGUCUAGAAUUGAAAACAGCGUGUCAGCUAUUGACAAAAAAGUUGAUGCCAUAUUAGAGCUGUUACGUGGUGGUGACCAAAGGACUUCGCAGUCAAGGGUCAAAGUCCCCGCUGCAGUCAAGUCAGCGGUACGUGCAGCAUAUAAUAUCGAGGACGCAGGGAAUGAUCUUAAAUACAACUUCAACGAAGGGUUCAAGGCUGCGUGCAACGAAAGGGUUACAGCCCAUUUAGUAGCUCUUGUUGGAGACAAGCAGGAAGGGACAGCAGUGAACGUGAUAAGAGUUGCCUGUCACACCUACUAUACCAGUUUGAAAAAGGCUAAGAAAGAGGCUGCAUCCAAUCAGCAGGAGCAGAUGAAGAAGAAACGACUGCUGCGGUCUCGGCAAAGAAGGCUCUUCGAAGCCCGGGAGAAAAGGUUGAAGUCAGACACUAGGGAGAGGGAAGUGUGGAAAAAGCUCAAGCAGCAAGACAUGUCGGAGGAGGAGACAACCGACUUGGAGGGAGAAAAGGUCCUCCGGAGAAGAUCACACGCAGGCAAGAGGAGUGCGGAAUGUAACGAACUAAUUAAGAAGCUGGACGACAGACUUUCGAAAAGUGAGAGUUGCGGACCAAAAUACCGCCGUGUAUAG